CACCGUUGAUUGACAACAUAAACCUGUCAUUUUCUAGAAACUCGUCAUCUUAUCACAAAAUAUCCAGCUUUUUCGAUUAAACCGGAGCGAAAUCUUUGCGAAAUGGCUCGUUUCGGGUCAUUUUUUAACGACAUGGAGGAUGAUCCUCUAUUUGGUUCCCAUAUGCGCACAAUGCGUCAAAUGAACACCAUGAUGAACUCGCUUUUUACGGAUCCUUUUGGAAUAAUGAACAAUGAUUUUGGUGAUCGUAUGUUAACUCACCGUGCUCCUGCACCGUCUAUGGCCCUCUCCCCGUUCGCAAUGCCAAACAUGAAUCGUUUAUUAAGCGGUUCUUUAGAUAAUUUGGGAAAUAAUUCGCAUUGCUACAGUUCGAGUACCGUUGUAAGCAUGGUUUCGGGACCUGACGGUCGUCCCCAAGUGUACAAAGCAAGUUCAAGCACUCGUAUCGCACCCGGCGGCAUAAAAGAAACUCAAAAUACCGUUUCUGACUCAAGAACGGGAACCAAAAAAAUGGCUAUUGGUCAUCAUAUCGGAGAUAGGGCUCAUAUUAUCGAACGCGAACAAAAUGUGCACUCUGGAGAUCAAGAGGAGCGCCAAGAAUUUAUUAAUUUGGAUGAGGAUGAUGCAGAGGGUUUUAAUCAUGAAUGGGAGACUAAAGCUAAGAGUAGAAAUGAAAUUGGGGGUGUUUCGAGGUAUAGAAGGCAUCAUGGGGUGCAUCAUUCUGGAGUUCCAGCUAUUACAGCUGGUCCAAGUAGUCGGCGACAUAGAACGGGGUCGAGUUUGGUACCUGCCAGGCGAAGUAUUAGACCAUCUUUGAAUGUUUCACAUCAAAGCACUUCAAGCUCGACAUCUCGAAGACCUUACAGUCCUCCAGGUUCGGCGUCAACCACCAGGAAGAACAAGAAUAUUAAAACAGUUUCUGGUUCACCACCUCCCGAUAUAUAAAUCCAUCGAUUUUCGUUUCAAUAUUAAAAAAAUAUGAUUAUAGUAUUGAAUUGGGUUAAAAUGGUUCAAAAUAUGUACCGCGUCAUCUACUUUUUUUUGGUUGUUCAAAAUCAAAGAGUUAUUACUAUUUAAAAGAAUUAAAAUAUUAUUUUUUAAUUUAAACGUAAUUUUAUAUCGAUUUUAGGUUAUCCCAAACAAGGGAACAUUAAAACUCAUUUAAUUUAGAUAAUAUUAUAAUUUAACUUAAUAAUUUUAAUAAAACGCUCAGAUAGGUCUUGUAAAAUCCUGUUUGUUCUCUCCUCUAUAAUGUAUUAUUAAGUUCUAGAUCAAUAAAGUACAAUUUAUUGAG